CAGCAACUUGGGUACUUGGUUUUGGUUGAAAGAGAUUUACCCGACGGAUCGUAAUCUAAUCCAGCUGCCGAAUUAAAGCUUGGCGCUCAUUUAUGAGCAGGUGUUGAGUUGUGAAUGAGUAGCUAAUUAAGCUGCAAAUUUGGCAAAUCAAAUUAAAUCAAAUCAAUUCAAAAUAUUGUUUGCCAAGAAAAAUUUAUAUAUCCAUGCCCAACUGAGCGUACAAUUCACGAUUCCGAUUUUGUAAUUGUCGAAUAGCAAAUAUUGGCUGUUCAUAGACCUAUAUUCGAGUUGUUGUAUUUCGUGAGUAAUUUAAAGUGAAAUAUUUAUAACGGUUUGAAAUUACAAAUUGCUAAAGAGUAGGAGAAGCUUAGCAUGGGGCGCUUGCAGCGAAAUAUUCUUCUACUUGGCCUUUUGGGGCUUGUCUAUGAGGCAGCCGGGCUAAAAGUGUCCACUGGCUAUCACAUCGUUCACAACGAUCAACUACAGGGCCAUGGCGGAAGCCACCAUGGAUUCGCGUAUCUGCAAGGCUCAGCAAAUCAGCAUUUUAUAGGCAAUGCCCUGCCCCCAGUACUGGUAGAUACUUCACCCGCACUACAAAACCCCUUUCUAGCAGUUUCCAAUGCUCCACGAGCUCCUCCGAUGCCGGCGCGAGUCACAUGUGCGAGUCCUCCAGCUGCAUGUGAGAAGACGGCCUACCGCACGAUGGAUGGCUCAUGCAAUAACUUGCAACGACCAGGACUUGGCGUUCCCAAUACAAAGUACGGGCGCCUUCUAUCGCCGAAGUACGCCGAUGGCAUAUCAGCACCUACUCGUUCUGUUACUGGCGAUGAGCUACCCAGUGCACGUCUAGUAUCUCUGGUGGCAUUUGGCGAACAGGAUGUGCCCGAUCCUCAGUUUACGCUCCACAAUAUGCAGUGGGGCCAGAUAAUUACGCACGACAUGAGCAUGCAAGCUGGCGGAACCCAAUCGAGGAAACAUCCGACUCGUUGUUGCACCGAUGAUGGACGUUUGGUUGGCUUAGACGUUGCUCAUAAGACCUGUUUUGCUAUAAUUGUGCCGCCGCAUGAUCCGGCUUAUUCCCAAGUGGGUACGGAGUGUCUAAACUUCGUUCGCACGCUGACAGAUCGCGAUUCCAACUGUCAAUACACUGGUGGCCCAGCUGAACAGCUGACAGUAGUUACUGCCUACAUGGACCUGUCGCUGGUUUACGGCAACUCCAUCCAACAGAACAGCGACAUCCGCGAAUUCCAAGGCGGUCGAAUGAUUGUCGAGGAACGCAAUGGCGCCAAAUGGCUACCUUUGUCUCGUAACGUCACAGGUGACUGCGAUGCGGUUGAUGCCAGUGAGGUCUGCUACAGAGCGGGCGACGUGCGUGUCAAUCAGAACCCGGGCCUGGCUAUUCUACAAACUGUGCUACUUCGCGAGCAUAACCGUAUUGCUGAUGCUCUUGCAGCCCUGAAUCCACACUUCGACGAUCGCACGCUGUUCCAGGAGGCUCGUAAAAUAAACAUUGCCCAAUACCAACAUAUUAGCUUCUACGAAUGGCUUCCCAUCUUCCUGGGUGGCGAAAAUAUGUUAAAGAACCGCAUUAUUUACAAGGCACCUGGCGGAAGCUACGUAAAUGACUACGAUGCCAACAUCGAUCCCAGCGUCUUAAACGAACAUGCCACAGCUGCUUUCAGAUAUUUCCAUUCCCAAAUCGAGGGCAGAUUGGAUCUUCUGUCCGAGCUACGAGCAGUGCUUGGCUCCUUGACUCUGAGUGAUUGGUUUAAUCGUCCUGGCAUUCUCGAAGUCGGCGACAACUUCGACUCCCUAACCAGGGGUCAUGCGACGCAGCCAGAAGAGCUGACGGAUAUCCAUUUCGACAAACAGAUUAAGCAUUUCCUAUUUAGACGCAAUAGGCCCUUUGGUACCGAUUUGCGUUCAUUGGAUAUUCAGCGGAAUCGCGAUCACGGACUUGCAUCUUAUAAUGAUAUGAGAGAGUUUUGUGGGCUAAAACGUGCUGGCUCAUGGGAAGACUUUGGCGAUCUGAUCAGUCCACAAAUAAUCGCUACGCUCAAGUCGCUCUAUGAUAGUCACGAGGAUGUGGAUUUGACAGUUGGGGCUUCUUUAGAAGCACAUGUCGCCGGUGCAUUGGCCGGUCCCACGUUCCUUUGCAUCCUAACAGAACAAUUCUAUAGAACUCGUGUAGGCGAUCGUUUCUUCUACGAAAAUGGCGACAAGCUUACUGGCUUUACUCCAGAUCAAUUGGCAGAGCUACGUAAGGCAAGCAUGGCACGUUUGCUUUGCGACAAUGGCAACAAUAUUGCUUCGAUGCAACCUGCAGCAUUUAAAACGAUUUCUGGAUCGAACCCUGUUGUGCCAUGCUCAAAUAUCCCGCAAGUUGACAUCACGAAAUGGAUCGACCAAAAUGUACAUCCCUCCUCAGAUCAUUCAAUUCUAUUCGGAAGGAAAUGAUACUCUUUAUACACACGAUCUAUCAUUAACUAGCUCAAAAUAUAAUAACAUAUAGUGUAAUCAGGUUAAAACCUAUGAAAUCAACAAGCUCCAUGUAUUAUAUUUCCUUUUUAUGUAUAUAAAUAAAUC